AUGUCUUUCUUUGGAUUUGAUCCCAGCCAACGGCCCCAGGAGAGGGGUCAUAAUACUGCUGCUCCAGGUUUUGGUCAACAUGCAGAUCCAUUUGCAAGUCUUUCUGGCUCAGGAAACGAUAAUGAAGCAUUCGAUUUCGAGGAUACAUAUGAUGGUUUAGGAGAUCAACUCGAAGAGACCGGUGAUGAUUUCAACGACGACACCUUCGGUGCCGGCGCGGGUGACUCUAUUGCAAGCAAGCCAGUUGGAAAGGACUUUGACUUUUUUGGACAAACCGCAAAAGUUUCCAGUGCUAUCAGUGAGGAACAAAUGCGAUACACCCGACAACAACCAGUAGUAUCUAGGACAACCCCCACUACAUCUACCUUCUCACAACAACGUACAUCAAGACCUGCCAGAACUGGCUAUGAGCGUUACCAAGAGCCGGAGUAUGUUCCAGAUAUGCAGGUAGAUGCGAACCUUUGGGGUGUCACACCAAAACAAGCUCCUCCUAAGACUGCUACUCCUCCCGUUGCUGGUACAUCAGCACCGAGCCGAAAGAUGAUGAGUUUAGAAGAAGUGGAAGCAGCAAUGAGAGCUCAAGCCAAAAAGCCCUCGCAGCCUCAAGCACCUGUCCAGCAGCAACAAAUGCCACCAUCUCAACCACAGUACCAACAGCCUCCACCUCAACAAUACCAAAAUUUUCACCCACAAGCUCCCCAGCAGCAACAACAACAGCAAUUCCCAGUUCAAGUCAGCGCUCCACUUCAAUUGGAACAGCGCCAGAUUCCUGUUGAGCAACCAAUUCAUAUCUUACAACGCCCCCAAGUUCCAACGAGCCAAGUCAAUGUUCCUUCUAUUCCAUCUCAACCUGCACAUAUGCAAAACAUGAACCGAUUUCCAGGUCAACCACAAGGUGCACAACGUGGUCACCAUCACCCACAUGCUUCCGGAAACCGACAUGUUAUCACUCACCCACAACAAUUGGUAAACUUGUCUGAAGAAGAGCGAGCCGCAUUCUUGUUGGAAGAUGCCAAGAGGGCAAAGCGGAAUCACAAGAUCUUUUUGUUGUCGAAAGACAAUGGUUUGAUGACACCUCAAGACAAGAACUUCAUUACCCGCAUUCAAUUACAGCAAUUGGUCACCGCUACUGGAAACCCCAAUGAACAUGGUAUAGAUUCUUCUCUUUCCGAGGAUUUCUAUUACCAAGUUCACAGUCAAAUUCGAGGUGGACCUCGUCAAAAUCCUCAUCAACCUUUGAGCAACUUCGCGCAGACAUACCUGUUUCAAACCGGCAAUCGUCAUGGUGGCAUGCGAAGACAAGCUCGUGGUGGUGAUAAUCAUGUACAACGUAUGGAGCAACAAGUACAACGAGCGGUUGAGGCAGCGAAGAAUAAGCCAAAGAACAAGCAAUUGGUGAUUGAAGGAAGUUUGGGAAAAAUCUCAUUCAGCAACGCAAAGACUCCUAAGCCCUUGUUGAACAUAAAGCGAACCGAUAGCAGUGAAACAAGACCUGGACAGUCUCCCAACCCUCGCAAGGCUAACCUCGCAAAUGUUAGCGGUAGCAACAGAAAAAGUACCUUGACUGACAUUGAGAAUGUUUAUAAUACAUUAAUGGAGUUGGAGGACCACGAACGCUCAAAGCCCAGACCAUUGGGUCAUGAUGAGAUUAACCCACAAAUUGCUGGUAUGAAUCAGGAUUGGGACGAACGACAACAAUUUCUCAACAAGCAAUUAUGGCGAAACUUGAGAAUCCAUGAACCGAUCGGCGCAACGACUGUUCACCCUUUCAUCGCAUUCCUUUCCUUUAACAAGGGCAAAAAGGCAAUUCCUCGGGUUUUCAGGCAUAUCUCUGAUGAACAACGUGCUACUAUUUUGACCAUGAUCAUUCUUCACCUGGAUAAACUCGAUGUCGUUCGAUUGGCUGUUCCUAGCCCUGACGGAAUCCAGCUCAGUGCUGAAACCCGAGAAAACAUCGAUCUCUUCCAGGUGACAGUUAUGUCAAGCCUAUUUGGAUUCCUUCACGAUGCUGACUUCCAAAUUACUACUGGAGUUUUGGGACUUAUUCUUAAUCUUAACAUCGAUUUGAUUGCUCGUACCAGAAUCGGUCUCAGUCUAUUGACGAUGAUUCUCAGUCGGGCUGAGAUUACCAAACAAGCUGGAGAUGUUGAUGAACGUGGAUGGAGUGAUUGGUUGUCCACUCACAAUGCAUUUUUCGAUGCUCUUGAGCCCACACUUCCAGAAAUCUUCCCAGGUACGGUCAAUACUGGUGAAGAUGUGUACGUUUGGCAAUUCCUUGCUGCCAUCGGUAUUGGUGCUAGCCCUGAGCAACAACAACGACUAGUUAUGGCUGUCAAGGAUCGUGUGAUGGAAACGGUUGGACUCGCAAAAACAUUACCACCUGCCAUGUCCAGUCAACGACUUGCCAAUGUAAACCUCUUCAUGCGUUCUAUCGGACUUGAUGUUGAGUUACUUGCAUGA